AUGCCGGGCAGUUUGCUGCAUCUGGAGGAGCUCACUGGAGAAUCUCCAACAGUGAAGCGGGUCUUCAGCUACCGGAAAACACGUUAUGGGAGGGGGAAGGUUGGACUGCUCACAUCUUUGUGGUCUUUGGAAAUGACAGUGAUGGAAUCUCAACUGGAGCUGUGGAUAGAGACCCAGGCCCCUUGGGAGAACAUCACACUGUGGUGCAGAAUUCCCUCUGGGAUAUCUAGCAGGUUCCAGCUGCUGAAGGAUAAGACACAGAUGGCCUGGGUGCGACCUACCCGUAAGACCUUCCAAGUUCCAUUCUCCAUAGGUGCCUUUACUGAGUCCAAUACAAGUCUUUACAGGUGCUGCUACUGGCAAGAGAUGGGCUUUGGUAAAAUUUUAGCGUUAGAGGCACCAGGCCAAUUUCCCAAGUCCAUCUUCUGGAUGCAGGCCGAGAGCUCCACUCUUCCUGCAUGUAAUGUUCACACACUUUGCCAUGGAUGGCUGCAGGAUUGGGUAUUCAUGCUGUUUAAAGAGGGAUAUGCUGACCCUGUGGAUUACCAAGUCUUAACUGGGACAGCGGCCACAUUCUCCAUUGACAACAUGACACCUGAGAAUGAAGGGGUUUCCAUGUGGCACACUCAUAUCCAGAUGCUCCCCACCCUGUGGUCAGAGCCCGGCAACCCCCUGAAGCUGGUUACAGCAGGACUCUACCCCAAGCCAACUCUGACAGCCUAUCCCGGGCUCAUUCUAGCACCUGGAGAAAGCCUGAAUCUCAGAUGCCAGGGGCCAAUCUAUGGAAUGACCUUUGCUUUGAUGAGGCUUGAAGACUCGGAGAAGUCUUUUUACCGCAAGAAGCCAAUGAAAAAUGAGGCAUAUUUCUUCUUCCGGGCUUUGAACAUCACCGAUGCUGGACAUUACCUCUGCUUUUACUAUGAUGGGUCACAUAGGGGUUCACUCCUUAGUGAUAUCCUGAAAAUCUGGGUAACCGACACCUUCCCCAAGACCUGGCUACUUGCCCAGCCCAGUCCUGUGGUUCAAAUGGGUCAGAAUAUGAGCCUGUGGUGUCAAGGGCCAGUGGAUGGAGUGGGGCUAGCACUCUAUAAGAAAGGAGAAGACAACCCACUUCAACAAUUAGAUGCCACCAACAUUGAUGGUGAUAAUUCAUUCUCCCUCAACAAUGUGACCUACAGUGAUGCUGGCAUCUAUUGCUGCCACUAUCUCCUCACCUGGAAGAGCUCCAUUAGGAGGGCAGCAUCCAACACUGUGGAGCUUGUGGUUAUAGAUAAGCCUCCUAAACCCACCCUGUCAGCUUGGCCCAGCACCAUCUUCAAGCUGGGAAGAGCCAUCAUCCUUCCGUGCCAAGUACCUCAUCCAGUACUUGAAUUUUCCCUGGAACGGGAUGAAAGAGCAACAUCCCUAAAAUUCUCGGUGGAUGGAGACUUCCUCAUCAGUUACAUCGAAAGGAAAGGCAUAGGAACCUACAGAUGCAGCUAUCGCCUAGAGGCACGCCCUGACAUCUGGUCACAUCACAGUGAGCCUCUGAAGCCGAUGGGGCCAUCAGGCUAUCUCAUCUGGAAUUACAUUCUGAAUGAAGCUAUCAGGUUAUCCCUAAUCAUGCAGCUUGUUGCCUUGCUGUUGGUAGUGCUGUGGAUAAGGUGGAAAUGUCGGAGACUGAGAAUCAGAGAAGCCUGGUUGCUGGGAACAGCUCAAGGGGUCACCAUGCUCUUCAUAGUCACGGCCAUUCUCUGCUGUGCAGUUUCUUUUGCAGGACUGUGCAAUGGGGUAUUGACAGAAGAGACUGAAAUAAUCAUGCCAACCCCUAAGCCUGAGCUGUGGGCAGAGACCAACUUCCCCCUGGCCCCGUGGAAGAACUUAACCCUCUGGUGCAGAAGCCCCUCUGGCUCAACUAAGGAGUUUGUGUUGCUGAAGGACAGGACCGGGUGGAUUGCAACUCGCCCAGCCUCAGAGCUGGUCCGGGCUGCCUUCCCCCUUGGUGCCCUGACCCAGAGCCAUGUCGGGAGUUACCACUGCCAUUCCUGGGAAGAGAUGGCUGUGUCAGAGCCCAGUGAGGCACUUGAGCUGGUGGGAACAGAUAUCCUCCCCAAGCCUGUCAUUUCGGCUCCCCCCCCAAUCCGGGGCCGAGAACUACAAAUCCAGUGCAAAGGAUGGCUGGCAGGCAUGGGGUUUGCUCUGUUUAAGGAGGGAGAGCAGGAACCUGUCCAGCAACUUGGUGCCGUUGGGAAAGAAGCCUUCUUUACAAUCCAAAGAAUGGAGGAUAAAGACGAAGGCAAUUAUAGCUGCCGCACUCACACUGAAAAGCGCCCCUUCAAGUGGUCUGAGCCCAGUGAGCCCCUGGAGCUUGUCAUAAAAGAAAUGUACCCUAAACCUUUCUUCAAGACAUGGGCCAGCCCAGUGGUCACCCUUGGCGCCCGAGUGACUUUCAAUUGCUCGACUCCUUACCAGCACAUGAGCUUUAUUCUUUACAAAGAUGGAAGUGAAAUCGCAUCCAGUGAUGGGUCUUGGGCAAGUCCAGGGGCCAGUGCAGCUCACUUUAUGAUCGUUUCUGUGGGCAUUGGUGAUGGAGGGAAUUACACCUGCCGCUAUUAUGACUUUGCUGUCUGGUCAGAGCCCAGUGACCCUGUGGAGCUCGUGGUGACAGAAUUCUACCCAAAACCCACUCUCCUGGCACGGCCAGGUCCUGUGGUGCUUCCUGGGAAGAAUGUGACCCUGCGUUGCCAAGGGGCCUUCCAGGGUAUGAGGUUCGCCCUCUUGCAGGAGGGAACUCAGGAUCCCUUACAGUUCCAGAGUGCCUCAGGGAACUCAGCUGACUUCCUCCUCCACACUGUUGGAGCAGAGGACUCUGGGAACUACAGCUGUGUCUACUAUGAGACGACCAUGUCAAACAGGGGAUCACAUCUCAGCAUGCUCGUUAUGAUUUGGGUAACUGACACAUUCCCCAAGCCCUGGUUGUAUGCUGAGCCCAGUUCUGUGAUGCCCAUGGGGCAAAAUGUUACUCUUUGGUGCCGAGGCCCAGUCCGUGGAGUAGGGUACAUUCUGCACAAGGAAGGAGAAGCCCCUUCAAUGCAGCUCUGGGGAUCCACCAGCGCUGAUGGAGCAUUCCUCAUCACCAAUGUAUCUGGGGCUAGCAUUGGCUGUUACAGCUGCUGCUACCACCCUGACUGGACCAGCCCUAUCAAGAUAGAGCCUAGCAACACCCUGGAGCUCAUAGUCACAGGCUUGCUCCCCAAGCCCAGCCUGUUAGCCCAGCCUGGUCCCAUGGUGGCUCCUGGAGAAAACCUGACUCUUCAGUGCCAGGGGGAAUUGCCAGACUCAACAUUUGUUCUGGUGAAGGAGGGGGCUCAACAGCCCUUAGAGCAACAGAGGCCAAGCGGGUACAGGGCUGACUUCUGGAUGCCAGCGGUGAGAGGUGAAGAUUCUGGAAUCUAUAGCUGUGUUUAUUAUUUGGACUCUGCUCCCUUUGCAGCUUCCAAUCACAGUAACCCCCUGGAGAUAUGGGUGACUGAAAAGCCCCCAAAGCCCUCUCUGUCAGCAUGGCCCAGCACUGUGUUCAAGCUAGGGAAGGAUAUCACCCUUCAGUGCCGAGGACCUCUUGCAGGGGUUGAAUUUGUCCUAGAACGUGAUGAAGAAGAAGCACCCCAGCAAUUCUCAGAAGAUGGUGACUUUGUCAUCAAUAAUGUGGAAGGGAAAGGCAUUGGAAACUACAGCUGCAGCUACCGCCUCCAGGCCAACCCUGACAUCUGGUCAGAGCCUAGUGAUCCUCUGGAGCUGGUGGGGGCUGCAGGGCCUGUUGCUCAGGAGUGCACUGUGGGUAACAUUGUGCGAAGUACCCUGAUUGUGGUGGUUGUCGUAGCCUUGGGAGUGGUGCUAGCCAUAGAGUGGAAGAAGUGGCCCCGACUCCGAACCAGGGACUCAGACACAGAUGGAAGAGACCAGUCCAUAGCCCUUGAAGAGUGUAACCAAGAAAUAGAACUAGGCACUACCACCAACUCUCCUUCAUCAAUCUCUCAGGGAACCUCGGAGGAACUGCCAGUCCCAAUCUAGUAACCUCCUCAUUUACAAGAACUUUCCCCUCCUCUCUUUUACCCUCAGAAACCUACAGAUCCAACUGGUUUCCCUGGGACACAGCCCCACCUACUGCUCCUUGGCUUCUAAUCACCUGAGUUGGGUCAAAGGGAUUCUGGAAGUUGAGGGCUCUCCCAGGGUGAGAUGUUUCCUGAAGAGAGGUUCCCUAUCCUGUAACUCCUCACUGUACUUAUUUACUGGUGCAUGAAAUUCUAUUAAAAAUGUGUUCUGAAUAAAGAGAGUAUUCACUAUUUAACU